UUUCCAACCAAUGUUUUACUAGUGAUGACCAAGAACAUGACACUGGUUUUGUUAACUUUGUACACAAAGAAAUUACAAAGUGGCUGUCAUUACAUCAUACUGACAUUGACUCAGUUCACUACUUUACAGAUGGUUGUGCUGGGCUGUACAAAAAUAGAAAGUUUUAAAAAUUUGACUGAACACUUGAGAGGUUUUAAUUUGAAGGCCCAACACACUUUUUUUUUGCAGCAAGUCAUGGGAAGUCAAUUUGUGAUUGCCUAGGAGGAACUAUUAAAAGAAUUUUAAGGAAAGCCAGUGUACAGCUUUCAGACAAAGAACAAAUAAUGACAGCAAUCGAUGUGUACAAGUUUUGUGAAAAAAAUAUUGAAAACAUUCAUUUUCACUUUAUUGACAAAAAAGAAGCUGAUCUGAUACGGUUAAAACUAGAAAAACGUUUUUCAGCAACCUGAAACAUUCCUGGAACAAGAAUUUUUCAUAACUUCAAACCACUUCCAACAAACAACCUUGAAAUUAGAAGGACUACAGAUAGUGUAAAACCCUCCUUAGUCUUUUCUUUCCAUUCGUCUUCUGAUUGGGUUCAUGUUGAACCAUCCAUAAAUAGCUAUGUGGCUGCAAAUUAUGAUGGUAACUGGUACUUUGGACUGGUAAAAACAAUAUUCAUUGAUGAAGAAGUGAAACAUGGACGAUAAACAGUUUAGACAAGUAAAGAAUAGAAGUUUUAGGAAUGUGGUUCUACAGAAGAAUGCUGAAGAUUGGAUAAGUAGACCAUGUAACUAAUGAGGAGGAGAAUCGGGAAGUUAAAUGUGUGCAUAAUCUGAGUAGAUGAAGGGAUCGGUUGAUAGGACACAUUCUGAGACAUCAAGGGAUCCUAGUUUAGUAUUGGAGUUAAAAAUCGUAGGAAGAGACCAAAAGAUGAAUACGUUAAGCAGAUUCAGGAUGUAGGUUGCAGUAGUAAUUCAGUGCAUAGGGUACAGCAGCGUGGAGAGCUCCAUCAAACCAGUCUUCGCACUUACUACCGCAGCCACAACAACAUCGAAAUAACACGAAAUAAAUUUCCCAGGAAGAUGACUGACAAAAUUAUGGGUAACACAUUCAAGUCGCGUUUGUCUGAAACAAAACAUUAGAGCUAAAAUGAUAAGUAGUUGGGGAAAGAGGCCUCUUCUACUAGACUGCUACUCAUACGAAACCCCCAAGCCAUUCCAGGUCAUCACGGGGACGCUUCACUUAUGAUUUAAUUGAAGUUUUAUGAUUAUCAUUUAUUCCUUCAACCUCACCAUUUAUGAUUUUUUUCUGUAGUGAGGUAAAGCCACGAAACUUAUAAAAGUUAUGAUUUUUUUUCCACUUCAUUACUGCAGUAUUAUUUGGGUCUAUUGCGAUAACAGACUUUAAAGCGGUUGUCACUUAAGCGCAAACAGUACUUAACAUGGCGUUGCUAGUCUUUUUUCGGUUUCAUUCGUACUGGGCGGCGUAUGUAAGAACAUGGAAUUUGUUGGGACCUUUACAUUUUACAGUAAAUAACGGAAGCAAUACUACAUGCGUAUUCUGUAACUGUUUUGUUUCAGCUGAAUUCAUUAGACCAGGCCUCCUCGUCUGCCUUCUCUCUUUCUUUAUAUUUUACUUUACUUUAGCAGAUCAUAAUGUGUGUGUAUACUGAUUUGAUAAUUUGUGAAACAUAAUAUUUUGUUGUUAAAACCAGCCACCGACAUAUCCCGGCAAACCAUGAUUCGGAAAACUAAAUAAUAUGGUACAACAUUUAUAUUUCGUUUGAGAAGCGACAAUUCCCUUCUUCACAUUUCCUGCUUUGUAAAAUAAAAGUUUCUAAACACCACCACGGUGCUCACAUCACGCUUUCUGAAGUGGUUCUUCGUGCUUAAUACAUGCGCGUCAACGUUUGCACAAUAAAUUUUCGACCUAUAGAGUACUAGAGUAGGAUCCUUGCAAAACAGUCUUUCACAGGACUGCGGAAAAUGAGAUUUGACAAAGAUGAUAGUUUCGUCAUAGAGUAAACAAGAAACCAAACAUGCAAAAUGCUUGUGUUGUGGAACCCUUAUGGCUUGUUGUGGUAGCAAUUUUUUCAAAAUUUAAGAAACUUCAAUUUUUUUUGUUUUGCACAUGUGCCUCGAAAUAUAUUUGAACAAGAAAAUAAGUAUUAGUGACAGACGCUGAUUGCAGCUGCACGCGUCGUAAGUCGCCCAGCAAAAUUUUUGUAAAAGAUGACUUGAUGAAAUUAUUGGAAGGAGAAGGAAGAGUAUGGAGAACUCCUUUAUUAUUAUUUUCAAUGCGCACAAACUAUUUUGGAACUUCGGAAACUUUGAAUAAUACCACUAGCGUAUCACUCAAGCCAUGGAAGCAAUUGAAAUUAUAAGUAAUAUAUUUGGAGAAGAUGUCGUGCUAUUGCAUCAGCUGCUGUCAGUAUAUGACAUGCCUAAUAAAUCUCGGACUGCAGUUUACCUGAGAACAAUCAGUCAAUGGCUGGAAGAUGCUCUGAACAAUAUGAAAAUGGAUACUGAUGAAAACAUUCAUUUUUGUGACAAACGUGAAGGGAGACUAGGUCCCUCUCAUGUUUGUUUUGAUGUAGCAUCUCACGUUGGACUCUUCGUGCUUGGAUCAGACAGACUUAGUGUAAAUUCCCAAGGAAAUUUUAGUACAAUACGUGCAAAUGUCUGUCUUUACAAAGGUAAAUGGCAAUACGAAGUACAGCUAGGAUCCAAAGGUGUUAUGCAGAUUGGCUGGGCCACAAAUAAUUGCAGAUUUACUCAGGAAACAGGUGUAGGUGAUACUCUCCACUCAUACGCUUACGAUGGCAACCGGGUGCGAAAAUGGAAUGUUUCCACCUACAAAUAUGGUGAACCGUGGCUGAGUGGUGAUAUUAUUGGCUGCACAAUUGAUUUAGACAGAGGUGCUGUAGGGUUUCACAGGAAUGGCCACACAAUGGGAGAAGCCUUCUCUGAUGUUAAAUUAGGACCUGGAAUGGUCUAUUUCCCUGCAGUAAGCUUAGCGUUCACUGAAAACCUGGUUGCAAAUUUUGGGUCUACACCAUUUCGUUAUCCAGUGGAAGGAUAUCAACCAAUUCAGGAAGUUCCACAUCAUGACUUAGACAAAGCCAAUAUGCUAUUCAAAUGGCUGCUGCAGCUUCUUAUGGUUUUUGAACAGAGUUAUGAAAAUUCUACUCGGAACAUAGAGGAUGUGACAUCAAACCAGGCAUUACUGAUGGGAUUAGCUGGUGUUUUGAUCGACCCAUUGGCUCCAUUACUGCUGUCAUCAUAUAUUUCAGAAGCAUGCUUGUUACCCUUUUUAGAGCUGUUGUGUGGUGUGCCUGCAGAUUAUAUGCAACCAGAAGGAAACACAAGGGAAAAGAAACAUAAAUUUUUAAUUUUCAUGGAUUUAUUGUGGGCUUUUCUUGAGGAGCAUGAAAUAAAGCAGUGUCUGGAAAGUAUAGCAUCAUGCUUACUUGCUUGCUAUCGCCAUGUUUCGUUUGAUCUCGAUUAUGCUAGUCAAAAGAGGAGCCUCGUAAUGCUUACCCAUUUGGUUAGCCACCCACGAACAAGGCACUAUCUGUUGGAAAAUGUGCUGUUUGAUAAAGUGAGAUUUGCAAAUUUUGUCCAUGUUAAACCAAUGGACGAAGGUGGCUUGGCUCAAGUCGUGACAAACCCGUGGUGGGAAACAGAUGUUGUUGAUGAUGAUGUUGAAAGAAACAAGGAAGAUUAUUUGCAAGCCUGUCAGAAAAUUAAGGAAGCUGCAGCAAGCGUAGAAGCUGUGCAAAUUAAUUUUCUUGGGAAACUUCUGGAUAAUGCAGAUGGAACUGAAACACAGCCGUCCUCAAGAAAGAUAUUCCUGAAGAAAUUUCGAGUGUUCUUGCAUGAAAAUCUCAUCUCCAGUCAAACACUUCCACUUCUGCAAACACCACUUCCAGUUUCUCUUUGUUGCUUCCAUCGGUUGCUAGUUACCUUCAGGAUACUUUGGAGCCAUGAAAUUGGCCAGGGAAAUGUGUACAUACCAUCAACAAUAUUUUAUGAUGGAAGUAUCAAUUAUUUCAGCAUUGAUCGCCUUGGAGGUGUUUUGUCUCACCUCAACAAAACACUGCGAGCGGAUCUGUCAAGAGUUCUUGGUGAAGAACACAGAGUUGUUGCCAGCAUACCUCUUGUUGCACCAGAACGUGCCGGAGCAACAGCAGUAGCUGGGAGAAGUUCUGCUCCAUUACAAUCACGAUUCUCAGAAGGAAAUUCGCCCUUCAUGAUACCAGCUCUAGCACGACUCAUAACUCACCAGCAAACUGCUUCAGGGCCAGCACUUACAGACAGAAUGCCAGUGUUAUUUACAAGAGAGCAAGAGAGUCUUAAUGUUUCCAGGGGUAAUGGAAAUGCUAACCCAAUGGAAUCAUUAAUUGAACUGCUGGAUGGAUUAGUCCUCUUUUAUCAUCUUGGAGCCCAUAAGCAAAUAGUGAAGGUUAGCACUCUGAGGGAGAAUAUGUCUGAGUAUGUAAUAGCUCUGAAUGACACUAACUUCAGGCUAGCAUCAUACAGCAGUCACCUGAAUGAAGCUGCCUCAUGCAGCACUGAAGAUGAAGUUGUCAGAGAAUUGUUAAAUUCUCGCCAAGUGUUUGAAACCAAACUCAUGGAACAAGCUAGACACAUGGCAUGGGUGCGUGGGGCUGUCUACUCUCCAGAAAAGCAGGGUCACCUUGUUUGGUUCCUCAGAAUACUUUUACAAUCUCUCAAGAAAGCAUCAGGAGAAGGAAAUCUGUUUUCUUUUGUGCCUGAUUUUUAUCUUGAGACGGUCGUUGAGGUGUGUACUGCACUUAGAUCCUAUUUGCAUCCCACAGCACCUCUGGAACAAGUUGAAGGUAGUGAGGAGUUGCUGAAAGAUGUUGCAGAAUUUCUUUGCAAUCAUUUUGCUGACCCACGAAUAGUAAAUGCUGGUUCAAAAGACACAUUAAUACAAGCUCUGGCAAGCUUCGUUUCCCAGUCACACACGUUGCAGUGUCUGGAGUUAGUACCAGAAAGCAGCCAAGUCAAAAUGGUGAAAUCACUGCUGAGACCGUAUGAAAAUCGUGCUUGGGCUCAGAGUAAUUGGGUAUUACUGAGACUGUGGCAUGGCUGUGGGUUUGCAUUUAGGUACCAGAAGUCCCCACAUCUGAUACGGAAGAUUGGUCCCAAAAUGUUGCCAUCAGACACUGGUCUCAUUAGUCAAACAAUGAAACCAUGCCCAUCCAUGGUGUUUCAGAGAUGUCUACGGAAUGUCAUGCUAUCGGAAGAACAAACUUCUGUAGCAUUCCUCAAUUCUCUCUUAAAUCAGCUGAACUGGGUAUUUUCAGAAUUCAUAGGUAUGCUUCAGGAGAUACAGAACCUUUCAAACCGUCCACAGAGAGUAUAUAUUGAAUCUAGGCAGUUGAAGAUAUGUGCAACACAUUUUGAUUUAGCUUUGUCACUUCUCAGGGUUCUUGAAAUGGUUGCAUCUGUAGCGAGAGAGAUAUUUAGUAAUACAGAGAGCGAAUCUUCAGAAUCAUUGUUAUCAAGGCUGUGUCAGCUGCUGUGCCAGGUAUUGAACAGAAUCAGCUCUCCAGCUGGUUGCUUCCAGCAUGUGGUCAUUCUGGAAAUACCUGACCUAGAGACUAUUGACCAUUUUCCCAUUUUGGCAGCAGUCAUUGGUAUAUUGUUGGCCCUUCUUGAAGCAGACAUGAUCAAUUUCAGUGAUAAAGGAGAAGCUGUGCCCAAGGUGUCAAAAUGUUUGCUAUCAGAGCCAAGUUUUCAGAUGAGUUCCUUACAUUUUGUUCUUGGUAAUGCUGAGAAGAGCCGCCAGAAGUUGGAUCCUAAACCAUUUUCAUUCAGGAAUUAUCCCGAGGCUGUGACAGAAGAAGAAAUUAGUCAUGUAGUGUAUAUGAUACGAAUGUUGGAAAGUUACCAGCGAAGAAUUUCUGAAGUAAAAAUUGCUUCAGAGGAUGACUUGUGUACAAUAUGUUAUGCUUUUCCAAUAAGUGCUACUUUUAAACCAUGCAACCACCAGUCUUGCAGAUCAUGCAUUGCUCACCAUCUGAUGAAUGCCAAAGACUGCUUCUUUUGCAAAACCCCCAUACAAACUGUUAUUGGCCCUGAUGGCCAAAUUCUACAUGAUUGUACUACAGAAGUAGACUGAAUGUACAAGAUAAUUAAUGCUUCUGUUGAUGUGACAUUUGUGUAAGACAUGGUUUUCAGUGUGCCAUCUUUCCAGUUCACAAUACCGAUUGUAACAAAACUACAAAACUGGUACCAUCUCAUUACAAUAACAAAACCAUAAAAAAUAUAGUCUGUUGGUAUUCAGCAAAAUUAUUUUAUUUCAUUUAUUUACAAAUUUUUGUCAUUGUGUUUUUAUUUUGAAUCUGAUUUCGUUUUGUGUGCUUUUUUCCCAUCUUUUGAAAUCCUUGUUGAUUGUUACUAUGCUACCUAAAUCGGAUAAAAUUUCAAUGAUGAAACUAAAGUUUCUGACUCUUUUUAAGUAACUGGCACUCUUGGUUUUAAUGUCUACAGAAGUUGUUUAAAGAAUUUACGUAUCAAGCUUUUUUAAAUUAUAUUGUACAUAAAUAUUAUUAAUUUAUUUCUCUGUUUAUAAUUGUUUAAUAUGAUACAUCCUUUCAGUUCUAUGAAGACUGAAAUGAUUUGCAUAAUUAUAAAAUAUCACUGUUCUCUCUUUUGACAGAAAAUGUAAUGAGAUUGUAUGAAAAAGAA